AUGGCUCAUUUGUGGGUAUUGCUCAUCAGCACAGCGGCUGCUGUGACGCCUACUUUACAGGGAGAUAUCGACACCCAAAUACUGAGGCUUUAUCAGGGGAACUUUAAUGGUGAUGCCACAUAUUAUGGGGAAGGCUCAAAUAGGGGAGGGUUGUGUCAGUAUUUCCCCCCGGGCCUGCCACCAGCGGGAAGAGCCCCAGGGAUGAGAUCUGCGGCCCUUAAUUCCCGACAGAUUUACAACUCUAUGGGCUGUGGCAUGUGUUUUAAGGUCCAUGGCACAGGGGAUGGAUUAGGGCAGACCCCAGUUGUCGGAGACUCAUACGCCUUCGUUGAUGACGUUUGCCCGGAGUGUCACGAGGGUGAUCUUGACUUUUCCGAGGACGGCGAUGGCCGAUGGGAUAUCGGAAUUCAAGCAGUUCAAUGUCCAGUUGGGGACUCUAACAUAGAGUACAAGUUCCAGGGCAGCCAUCAAUGGUACAUCAAGCUGCAGAUCAGGAAUCAUAGAAUCCCUAUUACACACCUGGAAUUGUUUCAAAAAAAGAUGAAGACGUUCUUACCCCUGAAACACACCUUAGACGGUUUCUGGGAGCUAGACGACAAUCAGAUAUGGGAGAAACCCCUUGAAGUACCCUUGACCAUCAGAUUGACGGCCGCCAAUGGGGAAGUCCUCGAGGAUUCUGUUGAUGCUAUAAAAAACGACGUUGUCAUCCAGGGAAGUGUUCAAGUGUCCCUUGAUCCAAGUCUUCCCAGCAUGAAAGAAACAUCCAAUCCCGGGCCUACUUCCACGGGAAAACCAGGAGGUUCUCUAAAACCCAAUUCGUCAACAAAAUCUAUAACGACAAACAAACCUACAAUUGCGCCAAGUUCCACAGCAGCCAAAUCUCCCACGACGGACAAACCCACGACGAACAAACCCACGACGAACAAACCCACGAACAAACCCGCGACGACAACCAAACGCAGGAACGCAGACAGCCCUACAGCUACACCAGCGUUAACAACUACGUCACCAGGUACCUCAAAGGCUCGAGGGCUGUCGUCUUCGGGGUUUUGA